AUGAAGUCGCUUCUAGGCCUCACGGCGAUCACGGCCUUCCUCACCCAAACGUCACUGGCCGCGCCUCCUCUUGCCCGACGGCAGAAUUCCACCGACUGGACCGCUCAGGAAUGGGACGUCAUUGUCGUCGGAGCUGGGACGGCUGGAAUCAUCGUGGCGGAUCGGUUGAGCGAAGCCGGAAAGAAGACAAUGCUGCUUGAGCUGGGCGGUCCCUCAUACGGUAUCGUUGGAGGGACAGAGAGACCAAGUUGGCUGGACGGGACCGGUUUGAGCAGAGUUGACGUUCCCGGACUGUAUAAGAGCAUCUUCAGCACCCCAGACUCGGAAUUGCUAUGCCCUGCGGAUGUUGUCAGCGCCUUCCAAGCAUGCACCAUUGGUGGCAACAGCGCCAUCAAUGCGGGCUUGUACUUCCAGCCUCCAGCAUCCGAUUGGGACAACUACUUUCCCGCUGGAUGGAAGAGUGCCGACGUCGAGGAAGCGACGCAGAGACUGCUAGCCAAGCAGCCUUCAGUGACCAGCUACUCCGUGGACGGGAAGUACUACCUGCAGAGCGGCUACGAUGCAGCAGAAGAGUGGCUCGUCAAGGGCGCCGGCUUCUCUCACGUGUCGUUCAACGAAGAACCGAACAACAAAGACAGGGUAUUUGGCCGACCAGUCUACAACUACAUCGACGGGCAGAGAGGUGGCCCAACGAGGACGUAUCUCCAGAGCGCUUUGAAGCGGAGCAAUUUUCGCCUCCAGACUGGUGUUCAGGUCCAACGCAUCAACCACGUUGGCGGGGUUGCCUCUAGCAUCACUGCCAAAGUCGACGGAUCCAUCAUAACUGUGCCCCUUUCUCGCGCGGGUCGCGUCAUCGUGAGUGCGGGCGCAAUUGCUUCGCCGGGACUUCUGAUUCAUUCCGGCAUUGGCCCAUCUGAGACCCUCGCCAAGCUGUCUGCAGCCGGAUUUAUCAGCAAUUCCAACUCCUCGGCCUGGGUUGCCAAUCCGGCCGUCGGCGAAGGGCUCUUCGACAACCCCAACACGUACAUUGAACUGACAGGCUCAACCAUCGAGUCGUACGCCCACAGCUACGACGACCCUAUUACGGCUGACAAGGACUUGUACCUAUCUUCGCGCAGCGGCCCAUACGCCUUUGCUUCUCAGACCUCGGCUUUCUGGGGCUACGUCGACAACGACGACGGCUCAAGAACCGGCGUCCAGGGCACGAUCGACUCGUCUGGAUACGCAGACUUUACAGACAACAAGACCAUCACGCUCAACAUCUACGGCACCUCCGGCCUCAAAUCAUCCGGUCGGGUCAUCCUGUCAAGUGAAGGGAAAUUCAUCCCCGGCCCCAGCUCCGACGUGUACUACAACGACCCGCAAGACGGCAUGAGCAUCGCCAAGUUCAUCCACACCAUCUUCCAAGCCCUACCAGCUUCGACGCCCGACUCGCCCGCGGUUGCGGGUCUGACCCCAUUGAAUAUCGCGCAGAACUCUACGGUUGAAGAGAUCUACACUUAUAUCACCACGUGGUCUAAGUAUGCGGUGGGCUCUGUUCAGCAUUGGUCCAGCUCGUGUAGGAUAGGAAAGUGUGUUGAUGCAGACACGAAGGUCAUCGGCACCAUGAACAUCCACGUCAUUGACGCGUCGAUUGUUUCGCCUCUGACGGUGAAUCCUCAGUUCGGUGUCAUGGUGGCUGCCGAGAAGGGUUCGGAAAGGGUACUCAAGACGUGGGGUUAA